AUGCCACUUGUUCGCGCCAACUGUCGCCUCCAACAGUGUUCCUGUAGCUGACAAAUGGUUUUCCUCCCUCUAAGCUUUCUUGUCUUUGCCCUUGUAGCUAUGUGAUUAAUUCUCUCCUUCCUCCUACUUACUCAUCGUAGCUUCCUUGUCCUGACCGCUCCCCACCGCCGCUUCCAACUUUAGAUCGCCCCACCAGUACAUUGCCUCCCUUGCUCAUACUAUACCUCUCAACUCUCUCAUUCUACUCCAAAAACCUCCCCCACUUCUACAUUGCCCACCAGAUUAAUACCACACAUUCUCGACACCAUGCCGAUCCGCAUUCGAUUGCGAGCACCCAACGGUACUCAUACCAUCUCCCUCGACGAUCACGCCGCCGUUUCCGAUCUUCUCUCCUCCAUCAGCGAAAAGACUGAGCUGCCAUUAUUCGAGCUCAAAUGGAACCAUCCACCACAACCGCUAGAUCCGUCUCUGUACGGCUUGUCCACCCUGUUGAAGGACACCGACCUUAAGCUCAACGGCGCAUCUAUUAUCGUCAUCGGGAAGGCCACAGGCGACCCAAGUGAGCGGAAGCGGGAAGAGGAACUUCAAGCUGCGACAUCGCAAGCGGCCCCAUUGUCUCUCCAGCGCAAGCAGAACUCAGCACUAAAAGACACCCCCGAAGUGCCUGUACCCGAUCGCAGCGGCACAAUCGUACUUCGAGUAAUGCCGGAUGAUAACUCUUGCAUGUUUCGAGCAGUGGGCAGUGCCGUACUGACUGACACACUGGACGCCAUGACUGAGCUCAGGUCGAUGGUCGCGCAAGCCAUACAGAGAGAUCCGGAGCAGUACAACGAGGCAAUCUUGCAACGAUCUCCUGACGAAUACUGCAAGUGGAUAUCAUACUCUGACUCAUGGGGUGGAGGUAUCGAGCUCAGCAUUCUAUCCCAGGAGUUCGAUAUCGAGAUAUCCAGUAUCAACGUGCAGGAUCUUCGAGUCGACAGAUUUAACGAGGGCAAAUCACGACGUUGCAUCCUGGUAUAUUCCGGCAUUCACUACGACACCAUCGCACUUGUCCCAAGGGGUACGUCACCGCAAGAUCCAUCGCAAGAUAUCAAGCUAUUUGAUGCCAAUGACACGGUCAUCCUGGAGGCGGCGAGGGAGCUUUGCGGGCAACUGAAGAAACAACAUUACUAUACUGACACCCAGAAAUUCAAUAUUAAAUGCAAUAAGUGUGGGUGGAAGGGGUCAGGUGAACGAGAAGCCGUACAACAUGCCACCGAGACCGGCCACAGCGACUUCGGUGAAGCGGACUAGGCUUUCUAUAAGUGUGUGAUCUCACGAGUCAUUGUUGCCAUUAAUUCCAUUAUUUGGAGUGGUUGUUUUACACUUUAUACCCAAGAAAGAAGACACAUGAGAAAUAUUUCAUCAUUUUCAGCC